UGGUCGGGGUCACAAGCCAGGGAUAAAACAGGAGAAGUCAGCAGAGGUACAGGGGGUCAGGCAGAGAAUGGUCGGGGUCACAAGCCAGGGAUAAAACAGGAGAAGUCAGCAGAGGUCCGGAUCAGGCAGGGUCAGCAACGGAUCGGACAGGGACAGGGAUGCAGGAACAAGAUACAGGGCCCAGGAAAAACACACACCAAGGCAGAGACUGCAGGUCUGGCCAUCCCUUAAAUACACCUGCAUAAUCAACUUCAGGUGUUUGGCUGGCUGCAGGUUGAGCCUCUGAUUGCUGGAAGCACCCGCUGGCCAGCCCUGGUACUGCAGCCCACAAGGCAGGUGAGUCCCACCAUUACUGGCAAGUCCAUUCCUGACACAGUGUGCUUACAGUGAAGCACAAACACAAAGCAUCAUGUAAAACAGCACACA